AUGUACGCCUCCCUCUUCAACUCUGAAUCUUUCCUCACCGCCACCCUCUUUAUUGAAUGUCUUGUUCAAAAAGAAGAACACGUCUGUACCCUUAUCAAGACCUGUCACGACGACCCCACUCUCUCCCUCAAUCUCCACCUUAUUUUAGAAGCUAUUGCCACCGAGAAACGUCUCGAAGGCAAACUCAGAUACAAGGACGAAAACGUCCUUAGUCUUCAUCAUAUGGUAACAACUGCCAUCGCUGCCGCCAUCCGACAUGGCAUCUUGAACACUAUUAGAGACUGUGAUAAACUUCCCGCCGUCCCCGACUACAUCCCGAGCCAUUUCGCAGGACGAGGGAUCAUACAGUACUUUGAGAAGUUCGACGCAGAGAUCCACGCCUACGGGAAGAAAUUCCCAACAUCCCCUCACAUUACUACUUACCAUCCUUACCAACGCACUCCUACUCCUCGCUGCUCAAAGUGCAAGAGACUUGGACACAUUCGUAAGAAUUGUAGCGACUACCAAUGUAGAGGAUGCCUCUGGUGGGGACCAGGACAUACCACCCCCAAUUGUGAAACAAAGAAGAAAUCCGACAAGGCAUGGGAAUGGGAGAAGAAUAUGAAACCCGCAGGAUACGAUACGACGACAGGAACGCAGAUGUGGAAGGAAAGAAUCUAUAAUUGGACCGGAAUACCGAUUCUCAGAAACGAAGAUUGGAACACCCCCAGGAAGCAACCCGAGUUCGUCGACUUAACUUCCCCUUCACCACCUUCUUCGCCACCUUUUUCACCCUCUAUGCCACCUCUCGCACCACCGACCCCACCAUCAUCUCCUCUAUACAAUCCCUACUCUCCUACGACUCACCCGUCUCCUCUCUUUGACCUUGAAGACUUGGUCAGUGACUUCGACUCUAUCACUUCUUCAUCUGACAAUAUCGGUGAUAUUGAAGUUUAA